CUGCGGCAAGAUGGCGGCGCCCAUGGCGGCUUCGGCCCUCACGGUCACGGUGGGGCGGCUGACGUCCGCGUGCCGCCGUGGCCUCCUGAGACCUUCGGGGCCCGCGGCGGCCUGCCUCCGGUCUGCUCCUGGAAGGUUCCGGUCACAGAGCGCUUCGUUUCCACAAGGCUACGUCCCCAGAACGUCGCUGAGCUCGCCACCCUGGCCCGUGGUCGCCCUGCCGGACCCCGCAGAGGAGACCAGACACCACACAGAGGUCGUGGGGAAGGUGAACGAGCUGAUCGCCCGGGGCCAGUACGGCCGGCUCUUUGCCGUGGUGCACUUAGCCGGCCACCAGUGGAAGGUGACCUCCGAGGACCUGAUUCUAAUUGAGCAGGAGCUGGACGUCGCGUGCGGGGAGAGGAUCCGGCUGGAGAAGGUUCUGCUGGUUGGGGCAGACGGCUUCACGCUGCUCGGCAGGCCACUCCUUGGAAAGGACCUCGUCCGAGUGGAAGCCACGGUCAUUGAAAAGACAGAGUCAUGGCCAAAAAUCAACAUGAAGUUUAGGAAAAGGAAAAACUUCAAGAAGAAGAAAAUCACCGUGAGCCCGCAGACCGUGCUCCGGAUAAACACCGUGGAGGUCGCGCCGCGCCUGCUGUGAUGGCUGAGCCGAUGGCCGCUGGCCGCGGCAGGGUGACAAUAAACCUGUUGGGCAAGAAGA